CUAUUUUAGAUGAUCCAUGAGUCAUUGUCAACAAGGUCUGGGAAUAAAUACUUUYAUUUUCACUUCCGACUAGAGUUAUACAAAGAUGUUCUAUCAAACAUUUCUCUUUCUUAUCCUUAUACUAUCCGCUGUCGAUGUAAUAUUUGGCAAAUGCGAUGGYAAAAAGUGCGGAGAGUGCAUCGAGCAAUCAGUUUUYAACAACAAUCCAUGUAAUUGGUGUAAUAGAGAUUCAGGAUGCUAUGUGCUGUCGAACUCACCAACAAACCCCUGCAAGAGAGCUGAAAACGUUGUUGAAAAAUCGCAUUGCGAUGAUAAGUUCUCCAGAUAUGACCCACAGUUGUCCUUGAAAAUGCUUCUUCUAUCUGCAGCGGCAUAUGACCCAAGUGAUCCUCAAGAGUGUUUAGCUAAUUCUCUUCCUUCUGAAAACUUCCAGCUUCAGGAGGUAGUUACUAGGAUAUGUGACGAYAAAGGCAACAAGUGUUCUGUAUAUUUGGCUGUUUCGAAUGUCCUUAAAGCAAUAGUCAUUGCUUUCCGUGGAUCUAUGGAGCUGGAUCAGGCCUUGCAAGUAUUCCUAAAGACUUUAUCGAAGCCAAAAGAAAAGUUUUUGAAGGAUUUAGAUGGCGAGGUUCAGACAUACUGGAAGGGAGGAUUUGAUAAAUUAUGGCCAUGCUUAAAUGAGGAUAUCAAAAGACUUGUAUCAGCUCACCCCUCGUAUCAAGUUUGGGUAACUGGACAUUCUCUUGGUGGCGCGAUGGCAUCUCUUGCCAGCACUUGGUUAAGUCAUUACAAGAUUGUUCCACGUAAAAAUCUGAUCUCGUAUACGUUUGGGAUGCCUCGAGUUGGGAAUUUACGGUAUGCCUACGAGCACGACUUGCUUGUCAACAACAGCUGGCGAGUCGUUAAUUACGAUGAUGCUGUCCCUCAUUUUCCUAACUAUAUGCCAAAUAUUAUAAACGGCCCUUACCAUCACGGCAUAGAAGCGUAUUACAUGGCUAAGGCUGUUAGUCCAAACACAAAACACAGAGAAUGCCAUGGGAAACCGUACAAUGAAGAUCUCAAUUGCAGCUUCAUAACAAAGCCAAAUGUACACGAUUUUACAAAUCACAGGGUCUACUUUGGUAUUCAAAUUGGGACGUUCUGGACAACAAGAUGUCGCGUUUCCUCAAGUCGCAAGAAAAGGGAUACGGUAAAGAUGCCGCAUGAGAGGUUUCAGUAUAGAAGUUCAGUCUGCUCGAGGUAUAAAUACAGGAAUGGUUCAUAUAUUCUUAUGGCAGUUGUUUCUGAAUCAAGCCACAAAACUGCUUCCAAGUUGACUGCUAUCGUUCUUGUUCCACUAAUUUUUCAAUUUGUCGUGAGGUAGUUGGAAAGAGAUGCCCGCCUUUAAGGAAUGACCCAAUUGUUUGGAUUUAAUGAAACUCACCGACUAAACUCGGAGAGCUAUAGAUCCUUUAUAAUAUUGCUGCUGGUUUUCAGGUUACGUAACAGCGGCCAUCUUGGAGGUAUUUCAACAAAGGGUUUCUCGUAAGCAUCUAUGGCUCAUUCUUCCAACAAUAUGGCCGCCAGUCUUUUGCUGUUUGAAUCUCAUGAGAAUGAUUGAAAACCAGCAAUAUGUAAUAGAUAGAAGUCAUUUUUGCCUUUCUAUUGAAUUUUUUUCAUUUUAUUAAUUUUGCAUAAAACUACGACAAUCUGAUAAUUAUCUGCAUUUUGUGAUAAAAUACAUAAUUCUCUGAACUGUGAAACUAUUAGAUCAACGUCAUAUUUAAAGAUUAAGAGAAUCUAGAUAUUUAUAGUUCCCUUUUAAAGGCCAAGAUACCAUUCUAAGCACUUAAGCUCCUCUCAAAACACUUUCGACUUUUGUUAGAUAUCAAAAUAAAAUAUCCAGUCAUAUAUACUACCUCUGUAAGUAAUUCUUGAUAAUAAAAUUUGACUCUUAGACCUAUAGUGUCCUUUGUAGGGCCUCCUUUCCUUAGGAAAGGAAACGGACAGUAAAAACACAGGGAACCCAAGAAAAGAGAACAGUUUAAAAGYUUCCUGUUAGUUAAUUUAGAUUUGUAAAAUUGGACUUCUAUAUUCACAUUUCUACUGAAGAUGACACAAUAAAAUCAAACUAUACCUAAA